CUUCCCCCAUGAUAAUGCCACGUGAAUCGUCCGGUUCACGCCACGGGCCGCGUCCCUCUCAGGUGCGCCGCUCGUCUCCUGAUGACACGGCGCCCCCUCGUGUUCGCGCUGCGCAGCCGCACGCACGAGCAGCGACUCCCAUAAAGCACGUCCCACACUGCGCAGUCUGCGCCCAGAUUUUGGGAUCUGGUUGGAAUUCGAAAAAGAGGAAGAAAGAAAAACACACGUAGCGAGUGGAGUUAAAUGGACGUUUGCGGGAAAUCAACGAGAUUCUCGGUCCGGUUUUGUGUUGACGUCUGACCUGCAGCACACGGUUAAACUUCGGAUGGAGUGAUUUUCUCGCAGUCUAAACGCAGCACGGAGGCUCUGAGGGGGAUCGGAAUUUACCGGCGACAGGAAGGAAAAAAAAAGAAAAGAGUAUCCACUCGUUACAUGGAGUUUAAAAAAAAAGACUUUAAGUCGAUGUAAAGCAAUCCCGACUUUCCCUCAAUUUAGCUUCAACUCCGAAGAAAGCGACCAUGGCGAAGAAGUAUGAUUUCCUUUACAAACUGCUACUCAUCGGGGACAGCGGAGUUGGCAAAACUUGUCUGAUCAUUCGUUUCGCUGAAGACAAUUUCAACUCCACAUACAUCUCCACCAUCGGCAUCGACUUUAAAGUAAAAACCGUUGAAGUUGGGGGAAAGAAAGUGAAACUUCAAGUCUGGGACACAGCAGGACAAGAGAGGUUCAAGACCAUCACGACCGCUUACUACAGAGGAGCCAUGGGCAUCAUCCUGGUGUACGACAUCACAGACGAGAAGUCCUUCGAAAACAUCCAGAACUGGAUGAAGAGCAUCACAGAAAAUGCCUCUGCCGGGGUCAGCCGAAUGCUUCUCGCCAAUAAGUGCGACAUCGAAGCAAAGAGGAAAGUUUCUCGGGAGACGGGAGAGAAGUUGGCUAAAGAUCACGGCAUCAGAUUCUUUGAGACCAGCGCAAAGUCCAGCAUCAAUGUGGAGGAGUCUUUUCUGUCUUUGGCAAGCGACAUAUUUCAGAAAUCCAGCAAGAAACCAGGCCCCACAGGCCGAGAGGUGAAAAUCACAAGCAGUACAGAGAAGAAAUCCUCCAAAUGCGUCCUUCUCUAGAUAUGCACGGGCACAAUCAAGGCAGAAUCAAGAGCGCGUCAGUCCUACCGGGAGCUCUUCAGUACAGCAGGUGUUCUGUCUCCAUCUGGUGGGCACAUAUCCAGGUGUUAUGGUUAAAACUAUGUUUUUAAGCCAAAACUGGUUUGUUUCCCUGAAGUGCACUUUGCCAGGAAAAAAAAUGUAUGUAUGUAUUCCUACAUUGAGCUCGCUGCCACUUCCCCAGUGACACUGUUGUUAUUGUUGCAAUCAAAUAACUGAGACAGCAUUUCAAGUUGCCGUUCUCACCGUGCUCUACAUUAUUAUUAUCUUUUUUUUUAAUGGCUUAACACCACAUUUUAAACCCUUCAACAGGCCACCCUUGGUUAGCAAUUCACUUUUUCUCGCGUAAACGGACUGUUGGAAAGUCAACAAUUUGUAUAACGUUCUUGCAGAACAAAAUGGUUUAGUUUGGUUUCUUGCUUGUAUUGUGCUUACCCUUUGAGGAUUGCUGAAAUACUUCAAUUUUUCAAAAGUUAGUUAAUUCAAUCAACAGAAUCUAUAUUAACAGAUGUCAUUUAUGAGUUUGUUCAUUUUGUGGUUUACAUGAGAAGUUAAAAAGAAAGAGCUCAUUGCAAUAAACAAGUAUAGGAGAACACAAAGUUGAUUCUGAAGCAAACACUGGUGGUAAACAAGCUUUAUUUUAACAGAUGAAUGGGUUGAGAGUGUGAACGAUAGCAAGUACAAUAUGAGUGGAGAGAUGAAAGAGGGACGGCUAUAACAAGUGACUGGACCGGAGGUGAGGGCAGCAGUGCUCACUCUGAAUGGAUUUAGUGCCUUUAAUCUGAAGUGCCUGGUUUGUCUCUCAUCACGUUUCAGUUUCAUUUAAACGGAUUAGAGUUGUUGCUCUGAUCUGGGGGACUUUAUUUUCGUCAACUGUUUUCUGUGCAUUCCUUUCAAAUUCUGUCUCUUUUUAGAAAUUCCACAAGAUUUUAUAUGUAAACUGGUCAAUUGCUAAAUAAAAAUGCCAAACAAUU